AUGCGGCCAAACGUGAUUGAUGAGAAGCAGCACUGUGUGGACAAAAGUCUGGUCCUCUCUCACGAUAGCGAAAACCCACAAACACGAACAUACAUCCGAAAGCUGUCCCAACUGUUGUCUAAAACGUGGAAUGGUGACAGAAAACAGCCACAUCAUGUAACACCCCGUUUACACUGUAUGCGCUACAACAGUGAUGUACUGGUCGCACAGAACCUCGUCCAACUACGCUCAAGAACACGGGUCGAACCGAACAGCACAAUAUGUGCACAUGCACAAACCGUCAGGAACGAAGAAGACAAAGUUUCCAAUGCAAUACAAUGA